AUGCGAGAUGAUGGAGGUAGUUGGAUCUUCGAAUCGGACACGAUGGAAGUUAAAGAAAACCUCCAUCUAUUGAACCCGAACAUUUCAGUGAAGCUGGUGUACCAGUAUCAUGCCUGGAUGGCUAUCGAUGAUGGCGAUGGGUCAACGCCGCAGUACAUCACCCAGGAAGUUGAGGUGUUCAUUCAGAUGCGUCGUCACGUAGAAGAGGUUAACUUUUGUGUCACAGUCUCUAGAUCUGUACUUCCCGGUAGCCCUGCCCAUCAAUGUUCUGACAUUCCGAGAAGGGUGGAGAAGGAAAAUGAGCCAGUUCGAAGGGAUGACGAGGAGGCCAUCAUCAACGAAUCUGACCAAGAGUGGCAUGAGUUUGCCAUGUCGGAAACGCCUCUAACCUUACCACAACCGGCGAUUAAAAUUCCGACAAAAUCACUCCCACCGCGAAAGCGUAGAGAAGGUCUCAGGAGUGGAGGAAUCACAAUCCACGAAGGUGAAGGUAUCAUUAGGCUAACUCACCCUACACCUAAACCAGGGGACAAAGGAAAAGGAAUCGCGGAGGAGGACUCAUCUUCAACCGAUUCCGAUGAUGAUCUCAUACAACCUCUGCUUGUUCAAACUUCUCUUCCCAGGGCCCAACUAGAUGAAGGGCUUGUUUCAGAUGACGAGAUGCCUGAUGUUGAUGAGGGUAGUGGUGAUGGCCCGGCGUUUGGCCGUUGGGGACGCUUCGAAGAGGCAUUGCACCAUAUUCCAACUGAUAUAAGUCCAGACCCGUCCCUUUUUGGCCGAGAUGCACCACCUGUGUUCUCCACCUCAGAGGGUGAUGCGGUUGAGGAUGCUCUUGCGGAUGCUCCUUACGAAGGGGACAAGCUCUUUGUCGGAAGGGUGUUCAAAUCCAAAACAGAUUGCAAGACAAAAAUCGCCAUUCACGCAAUAAACUGA